CGGUAAAAACUUCAGUGUCUACUAGAGUUGUGUCAGCGAGCUGCAGGUGACGGGAGGAUACGGGUCUUCUUGUUGUACUUUAACAUGUCGGGUGUUAUUAGACUUGAGUUAACAGCUCCGGAGCUCCUGUCUCUGUGUUGCUGUCUGCUGUCUGCUGGAAUAACACUAGCAGAUGAGCGCGGUGUCGUCAAAGUGGUUGCAGCAGAAGGAAGUGAUGUCAUCUUACCCUGUUCCCUCAGCACCAAGGAGAACAUUCAGUCAAAGUUGUUUGACUGGACGAAAGAUGGUCAGCAGGAUGAACGCGAGGUGUUCCUGUAUGAUGCAGGCAUUCAUUACAACAAUGGCCGAGGAGGUCAGAGCGAGACGUUCAAAGGUCGAGUCUCACAUUUUCAAGAUCAACUGAAGUACGGCAACGCCUCCAUAAUCAUCAGAAAUACGAGGGUGACCGACCGUGGAAACUACAAGUGUCAUUUUCCACGUCUUGAGCCAAGUCAGACCCUCUACGUUGAGCUUGUUGUUGUUGAUUGUGAUCCACAGUUCUCAACUUUGAAGAACAAAUACGGGGAAACUGAUGGGGCGGCAGAGCCCUACAUCUCCAUCGUCGAUGUCACGAAUGCUGGGGUGCAGCUGAAUUGUGACGUUCGAGGUGCGUUCCCACAGCCGAAGCUACAGUGGCAGGACAGUGAUGGAAAUGUCCUUCCUACUGAUGAGCCAUGGGUUUCAGAGAGAAGACACCGCUACGACGUCACCCUCCAAAUCAUUGUGAACCGGACCGCGACCAACCGCUUCUGCUGUGUAGCCAAACAGAAGGACAUCGGCCACAUGUUUGAGGCUAACUUCACUGUUCCUGAGAAACUGUUUGAGGACACAUCCUGCAAAGGGGAGGUCACAGGAUGGAUUAGUGGAUUGGUUUUGGGAGCUCUCAUCAUUGUUGCAGUUCUAAGUUCAUCACAAUAAACCGUUAUGAAGGUUCUCAUGAGAAGACAAAGUGUUCAUGUGAAGACAAAGUGUUCAUGUGAAGCCACUUAAUCCUUAUCCAAUCACGCCACUAGAUGGAGCUUUAUGACCAAAGAUUCCCUGCUGGGCCUUCUUUCUGGACAUUUUUUAGUGCAGUAUUGUAUUUAUAUUCUAAAGGGUUUAUUAGGGGUUGCCUCGCUGUUUUAUUAUGCUGUUUUUAUAUCAUAUUGUGACUUGUUUGAAUUUUCACUCUGUCACACUGGACUGUUGUUAAAGAUACUAUAACACCUAAAUGAACAAGGUACAUAGAACCUCAACCAACAGAGUGACAUGCAAACAAUGAGAUGAGUUUUUUAAAAGAUCAUAUUGAGCCAAUUAUUUCGUUCCAAAAGCUCAGACGAUCAAACCAAACAGGAGCUCUGAAUAUUCUGGCGACCUGUUACGCCAACAGAUCUCAGGCUUUCAUUACAAUAAUAUUAAUGUAACUUGUAUUAAUCACGUAGUGCCUUAAAACAUCAGCAAAAACAUGCAGCUUGUGAAAUGAGGCAAUAACGGUUGAUAUGGUUUUCUCUACCUCUAAAUUCAUUAAAGGUUGAGCAUCAGGACUUUAGUCUGAUAAAGAAUACAAACACAUAACAAGACAACAUUGAAUCAUGACAGCAACAACUGGUAUGACAAAAUACAUUACAUCAUUAUACAGUGCACAACAGAGGCACCAUCAGGGAUCUCCACAGCAGGUCAGCAGGGAAAGAAGAAACAAACAGUUUCUAGAUGCACUUUAUGCAAUUGUAUAUUAUUUUAUUUAGUUUCAAAUAUUUGAAACUCUGAGCACUGUUAGGAAUUUCCCAGUUAAAUAACAGUAAAGAACUGGCAGCAGAUAUAAUCACACUGGCUUUAGUUAUUAUAAAGGUAACUCUGAGCUAACUCUUAAAGCUAACAGCUAAAUGUUUUAGAGUGUGAAUAUUUAAUAACUUUAAAUGUUACUUUUGUGUUUGAGUGAAUUUGUUUUAGAAAAGUUUAAAAGUUUAUGUUUGCCAAGCCGGAAUCUGCCAAGUGCAAUCCUGACUGUGAAGAAAUGCUAUAUGCACCCACCACGAGCCAGAUGCUGGUAAAAUAGGCAAGUGGCUGAAUGGGUCUUGUUAUCAUCUGCUGUCUGCUGUGUAUACAUCUCAUCAUGUCCUCAAUAAAAAAGUAUAUUAAUGUUAA